GAUCAAAAAACCAAAAUGUCUUCUCUCAUCACAGCAGAGAUCAAGUCCAAGGCAGAUGAACUGUACCAUGGAGAUGAAAUCUGCCAACAGAAAACAAAGGAGCUUCUCUCAGAAAUCUCCCUCCCCAACGGCCUUUUGCCCCUCAAGGACAUUGAGGAGUGCGGGAUCGUGAGAGAAACCGGCUUUGUGUGGCUCAAGCAAAAGAAGAGCUGCACCCACAAGUUUGAGAAGAUUGGCAAGUUGGUCACCUAUGCCCCUGAGGUCACGGCCAUUGUUGAGAAGGGCAAGAUCAAGAAGCUGACAGGGGUGAAGACCAAGGAGCUUUUGGUUUGGGUGCAGCUGAGUGACAUUUACACUGAUGACCCUCCAACUGGGAAGAUCACCUUCAAGACCCCUUCUGGUUUGUUUAGGACUUUUCCUGUAAGUGCUUUUGAGGUUGAGGGAAGUGCUUGUGUGAAGGAUGGGAAGGAGAAGAAGGAGGUGAAGGAGGAGGCCAAGGGAGUUGUGGAGGUUUGAGUGAGGGAUGAGGUGGAAGAUGAUGAGUGCAAGAAUUUGUAGCUGAAUGGGAAGGCUUUUGGGUCUUUGGGAUUUGUAGGAUUUCUUGCAUUUUUUUUGUUGUGGUUAUGUUGUUCUUGUUUGCAUGGAAGUCCUUUUAAUAGUAAUGAAAUGAAAUUUAGUGUUUUUCUAUGAACAA